UCUCGUUUGAAGAAGAUCUCUCCCUCUUUUCCCAAGCAGGAAAUCGCAAUCGCACUGUACCAUAUAUGUACCUGUUGUCUUUUCAGAGGUUUUAUCGCCGUGUGAUAAAAGAUUUAUACGACUGAGCUCAAAUAGUAGCUUUAUCAAAUACUCGUGCGCUACCUUCGGGCCCCUAUCUAUCAGGAUGCAGACUGAUACUAUAAAAACUGUGGCCAUCAUAUACCCCACGACAACAAAUGGGGAAUCAACUGGGCCAACAAAACCCUCGAAUGUCAGCAGCGAUGAUUACGAUCCGCAUCUGAAUCGGAAUGUGAAGAAUCCGACAACGAACUGGCAGACUUUUGCCCAUUUCCUGAAGGCCUCUGUGGGCACUGGGGUCCUGGCCAUGCCCAGUGCCUUUUCCCAUGCGGGUUAUGUGAAUGGAACGAUCCUCACUUUGAUCAUUGGGCUUCUGGCGCUCUAUUGUCUGCAUAUUUUGAUCAGCUGCAUGUAUAUCCUAUGCAAGCGUCAGAAGGUGCCGUAUGUCAGCUUCUCGGAGGCCAUGAAUUUGGGCCUUAAACAGGGUCCACCAUGGCUUCGUUGUCUGGCUCCCAUUGCCAUACCCUUUGUGGAUGGUUUUCUGGCCUUCUAUCACUUUGGCAUCUGUUGUGUCUAUGUGGUCUUCAUCGCCGAGAGCAUUAAGCAGCUGGUGGAUGAGUAUCUCGUGGUGUGGGAUGUCCGUCUUCAUAUGUGCCUGUUGAUUGUGCCCCUCCUGUUGAUCUACAGCAUCAAGAAUCUGCAGGUGUUGGCUCCCUUUUCCAGUGCCGCCAAUUUGCUCCUGCUUGUGGGUUUCGGUAUCAUUUUGUAUUACAUCUUUGAGGAUUUGCCACCGUUGAGUGAACGUGACGCCUUUGUGUCCUACACGGAACUUCCCACCUUCUUCGGCACUGUGUUGUUCGCUCUGGAGGCUGUGGGAGUGAUCCUCGCAAUUGAGGAGAACAUGGCCACGCCUGGGGACUUUGUGAAGCCUUGUGGCAUCAUGAAUUGGGGCAUGUCCAUUGUCCUAGGUCUGUAUGUACUCUUGGGAUUCUUUGGCUAUUGGAAAUAUGGCGAUGAUGCCCUCGGUAGCAUUACCCUUAAUAUUCCACAGUGGGAUAUACCCGCUCAGGUGGUGAAGAUCUUCUUUGCUAUUACCACUUGGAUAUCGUAUGCCCUGCAGGGCUAUGUCACUGCCCACAUACUGUGGGGCAAGUACGUGAGCCCAAGAAUCAAGAACACCAAAAGGCACUCACUGUACGAACUGAUCUUCAGGGCUAUCAUUGUGCUGCUGACAUUUGCCUGUGCCAUUGCCAUCCCAGAUCUUUCGGUCUUCCUGUCGCUGGUUGGCUCCUUUUGUCUCUCCAUCCUGGGCCUCAUCUUCCCGGCAUUGCUGCAGAUCUGCGUCCAGUACGAGCAUGGCUAUGGCCCGCUCCGCAUAAAACUAAUCAUUAAUAUACUUUUGCUCUGCUUUGGGGUCUUUGGUGGGGUUGUGGGCACCUAUGUGAGCAUUUUGGAGAUCAUUGCGGUGUACAAAUAAAGGUGGACACACAAAUUUGA